UACAUAUUUGAGUGACUCAACUUGUAAAGCCAGCAUUGAGUAUGAAGGGUCUAAAGCAGCAUUAUAGGUUGUUACUGGUAACACUAUUGAUUGCAGCAAGCUUACUAUCCUGUUUGGCCACAACAACCACUAAAACCUUUCAGUUUAAUGUGGAGUGGAAGAAGGUGACUCGAUUGUGCCACACCAAGCCCUUGUUAACAGUGAAUGGGGAGUAUCCGGGGCCAACCAUUGCUAUCCAUGAAGGUGACAAUGUUGAAGUUAAGGUGACCAAUCACAUUGCUCAGAACACUACUCUUCACUGGCAUGGAGUAAAGCAACUAAGAACAGGAUGGGCAGAUGGUCCAGCAUACAUCACACAAUGUCCUAUUAAGGGAGGGCAUUCCUAUACUUACAAGUUCAGGGUGAUCAACCAAAGAGGAACCCUUUUAUGGCAUGCACAUUAUUCUUGGCAAAGAGCUUCAGUAUAUGGUGCCUUUAUAAUUUACCCCCGCAUACCUUACCCCUUCUCUGCUCCAGUUGAUGCUGAGAUCCCCAUUAUUUUAGGUGAAUGGUGGAAUUCAGAUGUGGAAAAAAUGCAGAGUGAGAUGAUGAAGUAUGGAGGUGGACCAAAUAGUUCUGAUGCUUACACCAUAAAUGGUUUGCCCGGACCUCUUAAUCCUUGUUCAAACAAAGAUACUUUCAUCUACACUGUGGAAAGUGGUAAAACCUACUUGCUUAGAAUCAUCAAUGCAGCUCUCAGUGACGAGCUCUACUUUGGCGUUGCUAACCAUACCUUAACUGUUGUUGAGGUUGAUGCAUCAUACACAAAACCAUUUAACACAAGAGCAAUCAUGGUCACUCCUGGCCAGACCACCAAUGUGCUGCUCAGAGCAAAUCAAAUUCCUGAUUCUUCAGGCUUGUUUGUUAUGGCAGCUAGGCCUUACCGCACAUCGGUUUUUCCAUUUGACAAUUCCACCACAAUUGGAUAUUUGAGGUAUAACAGCACAAGAGGUGAGAAAGUCAAACCUCCUCAUGUUCCUACUGAUCUUUCUAUUCACAACCUUCCUGAGAUGGAAGAUACAAAGUUUGAAACAGAAUUCUCUGCUAAACUCAGAAGCAUAGCAACUUCUCAAUUUCCAUGUAAGGUACCUAAGAAGAUUGACAAGCGAGUUAUAACAACUAUAAGCCUUAACCUUCAGGAUUGUCCCGCAAACAGGACCUGCAAAGGAUAUAAUGGGAAGAGAUAUUUUGCUUCAAUGAAUAACCAGUCCUUUGUUAGGCCUUCCAUUUCAGUAUUAGACUCUUACUAUAGGAACCUCAAACCCCAUGGAUACUCUCUUGAUUUCCCAGAGAGGCCUCCAAAAUCUUUUGACUACAGUGGUGUGGACCCAGUAACAGAAAACAUGAACACAGAAUUUGGCACAAGACUUUUAGCAUUGCCUCAUGGCACAAACUUGGAGAUAGUGUUUCAGGACACUGGUUUCCUUAAUGUGGAGAACCAUCCAAUUCACGUUCAUGGUCACAACUUCUUCAUUGUAGGCAUGGGGUUGGGUAACUACAAUGUUAGCAAUGACCCAGCAAAUUAUAAUCUUGUUGAUCCUCCAGAGAGAAAUACAGUGGGAGUUCCAAAGGGUGGAUGGGCUGCAAUUAGGCUUAAGGCAGAUAAUCCAGGAGUGUGGUUUAUACACUGCCAUCUUGAGGAGCACACAUCUUGGGGUCUUGCCAUGGCUUUCAUUGUGAAAGAUGGUUCUGCAGCAUCUGAAUGCUUGCUUCCUCCCCCUGAAGAUUUUCCUUCCUGUUGAGUCUCCUUCUGCCAAAUUUUGGGAAGUGCUAAAUUUUAAAUUGAACGAGAUAUGUAUUUGAAUAAUGACUAUUAUUGAUUAUGAAGGAAACUUGUGUUGGUCAUAAUGGAGUAUAAAAUACUUUACUGUCAUAAAUCAUGACCAUAGAUAUGUAUCAGAGUAUGUAUAUGUGUUCCCAAAUCUUUGCAACCUAUAUAUGUUUGGAUA